GGUUCCUCCAGAGGUACUGAUCUUAUGCAGGCUGCAGAUCCUACAGCAACGCUGAAAAAGCUUUGGGCUCCAAUAACUGUUCAUCUCUCAAAAGGGGAAGAGGAAUACAUGUUGUUGAACCACUUAUAGGUGUGGAAAUGUCAUCUGAUUAUAAUAACUCUCACUGUGGCCUGGCACCUCAAAGCCUGGUGGCCUCCAUCCUGCCUCCUGUGCUCAUUGUCGAGCUUCUGCUGGGCCUUCCAGGGAACCUGAUGGCACUGUGGGUCUUCUGCCGCCACCUUCAGUCCUGGACACCCAAUGUUGUGUUUCUCUUGAACUUAGUCCUGGCUGACUUUCUGCUCCUGGCGAGCUUACCUUUCCGAAUUAUUUACCUUCAGAAAGAGGAAGACUGGGUGUUUGGUGAUGCCUGGUGUCGGAUUAAACUCUUCAUGCUUGCAGUCAACCGGUCAGCGAGCAUCGGCUUCAUGACUGCAGUGGCUGUGGACAGAUAUUUUAAAGUAGUCCAUCCACACCAUAAAGUGAACUUCAUCAGUUUAUUGCAGGCUGCAGGGAUUGCUUGUUUUAUCUGGGCUGUGGUGUUUUCACUGCGGCUCCCUCUUCUGCUGACUGGCGAUCUCCUAAUUGAGAACAACAAUGUCUCUCUCUGUCGGAGCUUCAGCUCCUACAAGCAGCCACCAUUGGGCAUUUGGAUCCACUACAUGGUGUAUAUUGGCGAGUUCUUCCUCCCAUUAACGCUAUUUGUUUUUUGCUCUGUUCGAAUCGGCUGCACUCUACGCCGUUGCCAGAUGGACAAGAAGAAAGUGAGACGGGCUACUCGCACUGUCUUGGUAAUUGUUGGGGUUUUCAUUAUUUGCUUCUUUCCUGGCAUUGCCACAGGACUAACUGCACUCUAUCUUAAGAAACUGGGGAAUAAAUACUGCCAUGCUUACAGACUAUUUAGUGAACUGUUUGGCCUGUCCAUUGGGUUCACGUACCUGAACAGUGCCCUGGAUCCUCUCAUCUACUGCUUCUCUAGCUCCAUGUUUAGGAAUGAGGUAAAGAAAGCCAUCAAUUGGUUUGGACUGGUGGAGCUACAGCUCAGUCACCAUGGCACGAGGAGGUAAAUGCUCCAGAAAGAAGACUACAAUACCAUCAGAAUUUCCCUUAGAAAUAUGCUUUAUUUUUCAGUUGUAACACAGGGCCAGAUUCUUUAUUCAUCCAUUGGCGAUUAACAGCAUUACACCAUCCAGAAUGCAGAUCACACUAUAAUAGAGCUAUUCAUAAAGUCACCAUGGUGUUAAUUAGUUUCAGGCGUAUUACAUGUACUUAUUAUUCAUUAACUACAGGGACUUCAAUGCAAACUAAUGGAAUUUUUCUUAGCUUAUAGAACUGUAUAAUGAAACCUUAGGCCUGCUGGCGGGCCCAUGGCUUGGUAAGGGGUUAAGCUUUGGUAUUUUCACCAGUGUCCUAUUGUAAUGGUGAAAA